AUGUCGUCCUCUCUCGAGGCCAAGAUCGUGGUCCUGGGUGCCCAAAACGUGGGCAAGACGUCCCUUGUUAUGCGGUACUGCAAGGGCUCCUUCAACCCGGCACAGGUAACGUCCACCGUGGGCGCCAGCUUCCUGACCAAGCGCGUGGUCGACAAUGACUCCGACACUGUUGUGCGCCUCCAGAUCUGGGACACGGCCGGCCAAGAGCGCUUCCGCUCCAUCUCCCGCUUAUACUACCGCGGCGCCAACGCAUGCAUCCUCUGCUACAGCAUCACCGAUGCCCAAUCCUUUACCGACAUGGGCGAGUGGCUGACCGAGCUGCGCCGCAACCUGCCGUCAGACGUCGUCCUGCACGUCGUAGGCACAAAGGCCGACAUCGUUGCCCGCGAUCCUUCCCUGCGCCAGGUUCCCUUUGAGCGCUGCAUCGCCUACGUCGCCGAGAAUCUGUCACCGGGCCUCGGCAGCACGCCGCCUCCGACCGCCACGCCCAACAACGGCCCCUUGUUUCCCUUCAUGGGUGGUCUCGAGCCCCGGAGCCCCAGCUCUAAGCGGAGCUCCGGCUUCUGGGGCCAGGAGGUCGGCUGGGACGCCUGCCACGAGAUCAGCGCCGAGAGCGGCGAGGGCGUCGAGGAGGUCUUCCGCGUCGUGGCGCGGAAGCUCGUCGAGCAGAACCGCAAGAUGCAGCAGGCCCUGCUCCAGGCCACCGCCACGCCCAACACCCCCGGGUACGAGUCCGGUAUGGACGGAGGGUACUUUGAGGGCAUGAACGGCCGCGGAAGCUUCCGCCUCGGGCGGGACCGGCGGAGCUGGCUGUUCCCGCCGGGAUUCUCGCCCGCCGUGACGAUUGACAGGGCCGGGUCCACGCAGGAGCAGGAUCAGCAGGUGGAGAUUCGCCAGAAGCAGCGGCAGAGCAGUUGCUGCUGA